AUGGAUAUCUCAAAACAUACUUCACGAACUUGGCUGGAUGACUCGGCGGCUGUCAACUGUACAACAUGUGGGAAGGUGUUUAGUCUGACAGUUCGAAAACAUCACUGUCGUGUUUGUGGCUUGAUAUUUUGUGCAACAUGUAGCUCAAAGACGACACAGAUUGCCAGUCACAAGAACCCAGUGAGGGUUUGUGACACUUGUUUCACGGAGGUCCAGAAUCGGUGA